AUGUCAGAAAACCCUACGGCAAACGGGCACGACGCCCUCGAGGAGAAACUUGGUCGCCUAGUUAGGAAACCUGGCGUCAAGGCAAGCAUGGUCUUGGACAGAGCAAGCGGCGCAAUCCUCAAGACAAGCGGCCAGAUCGACGCGCUCCAGACGGCGAAAGCGCGAAACGCGUCGACGGCCGCCUCCUUUUCCAACGAUGCGCCCGCAGCGGAGGAAGGCGAGUCGCAAGGCAUCGAGGAGUUUGCGGAGAUGAUCUGGAAUUUCGUGAACAGCUCCGGACAGCUGGUGCAAGAUGUGGACGGAGAGGAUGAAUUAAAGCUGCUCCGAUUGCGAACGAAACGGCAGGAGAUUGUCAUAGUGCCCGACCAAAAGUACCUGCUCAUAGUUAUCCACGAUACUCAACCGGCUUGA